AUGUCUUUUGAGGAGCUCCUGCAGAUGCAGAGUGAUAUGAGAACAAGAGUGUGCAAACAGGCAACCAGUGGGAGGAAAACUGCAAAGCCUACCAAAGCUACCGUGAAGCGGCAACAAAGCAAAAAGGGGCCAUUGGAGAUGUCUGCCAAGAAGCCUGUACCUUUUCUGCGACAAGUUGUCUCUGUUACCAAGAAGGUCCAGAGAGACCCUCGAUUUGAUGACCUGUCUGGAGAGUAUAAGCCUGAAAUAUUUAUGAAGACAUACAGCUUCCUGGACAGCAUCAAGAAGCAGGAGAAGGAGAUGAUUCAGAAGCAGCUGAAAAAGUGCCGGAAUGUGGAGCAGAAGGAAAAACUCCAGCAGCUCCUGAACCGCAUGAUACAGCAAGAACAGGCACAGAAAAAACAGCAGAAACUGAGGGAGAGGGAGCUGUCUUUGAAGAGACAACAGAGGGAAUUGGCCAAGCAGGGAAAGAAACCCUUCUUCCUGAAGAAAUCUGAGAAGCGGAAACUGGAGCUAGCAGAGAAGUAUGCAGAGCUGAAGAGGAGUGGAAAGCUGGAGAGCUUCCUGAACAAGAAGAGGAAGAGGAAUGCCAUCAAAGACAAGCGCCGUCUUCCCUCACAGAAGAACUUGUGACUGCUGGACAGAAAUGCUGUUGUCUGGCACUGGGACUCACUCUGCCCUGGCCAGGCCUGGAAAAUGGCCAUCCCUCUUCCCAGUAUCUGCCUUUCACUGUACAGUGAUGCUGUUAGGCAGCAGAGCAGAGGCUGAACUGGAGGAAAUAGUGCUUUUUGUAGCUG